UCUGUCUUUAGUCCUACCGGGUUUUUUUAAAUUUUUUCCGGAGCUUCUUCAAUUCGACGAGGGAAAGGAAUCUAAGGGUUGGCCGAGGGUCUGCAACGGUUGGAACCUUCAAAACGGAAGAAUUAAUUGCUUGAAUACAUAGUUUCUUAGACAACGCUAAGCCUGAGUUGCAUUGUAAAUGAAUUUCAAGAUUUUGAAGCAUCGAUGGGGCUUCUUGGAAGUCUCGCGAUGCUGGUACCGUUGAUGUGCUUAUUCUGGUUACCGGUUCUCAUCAUGGCUCAAUCUACGCCUAUGAAUGGCUCUGCACGAGCACUCGAUGCUCUUCUGCAAGACUAUGCAUUCAGGGCCUUUGUAGCACGCCCAAAGACAGGAAUCCCCUACGAUGGAGUUGUUCCAUCUAAUUUGAGUGGGAUUAACAUUACAGCAAUGAGGCUGAGGAGUGGUAGCCUGCGGAGCAAAGGUGUGAAAAUGUACAAGGAGUUCGAGAUCCCCAUUGGUGUUGUGGAGCAGCCUUAUGUGGAAAGGCUCGUUUUGGUAUACCAAAACUUGGGCAAUUGGUCUAAGCUGUAUUAUCCACUUCCCAACUACUCUUACCUUGCUCCUGUUCUGGGUCUUCUUGCUUAUAAUGCUUCUAACUUAUCAGCUACCAAUUUGCCAGAAUUGGAUUUUAGGGCAUUUGGUGAUCCUAUAAAAAUCAAGUUCUCAGAUGUGCAAUCCACUCCGGAUGGGUCAGUUCCAAUGUGUGUUUGGUUUGAUUUACAUGGUUCGGUCAAAUUCAGCAAUGUGACAUCCGGGAAUGAGUGUUCAACCAUCCAGCAGGGGCAUUUUUCUGUAGUUACUGGGUCUAUUCCGCCAUCAGGUGGAGGUGAAGAAAAGAAGAGUCAUAGAAGAGUCUGGAUAAUUGUUGGUUCUGUUCUGGGCGGAUUGGCAUUGUUGGUGUUGUUGGCAGUCCUGGUACUGUGGGUACGCAAAUGCAAGCAGACAAAGGAAAUGCAAGAGAUGGAGAAAGCUGCAGAAGUGGGAGAAGCCCUACAAAUGACCUCCGUUGGGGAUACAAAAGCACCAUCAGCAACGGUCACUCGGACUCAACCAACUCUUGAGACCGAAUAUGUGCCCUAAUUUACCAACUUCAUGUUGUACAAGCCUUAAUUUCUUAAUCCAAGUUCAAUUCCUGUGUUGAUAAAUUCUUCUUCUCAAAGCCUCACACCUAGUUUUGGUGGUUUGUUGAUGUUCUGGGUAGCCUAUUGAAUGUGCUGUGGGUAAUACUAUCGGAUUUUUGUCUAAAUCUGUUAUUAUUGCUCACAAAUCCUUUCAUAGUUUUAUGAUUCAUUGUGGUGUGCAUGUAGCCAAAAGUGAUUCUAUUUUAUAUGUCAUGAAUUUAGUUGUCUCAUUCAUAAGGAAUAAAGCUUCUUCUUUUUUCUU